AUGGAUCCUCUCAUAGCUGUUGUCGGCGCUACAGGGACAGGAAAGUCCAAGCUUGCAGUGGACUUGGCCUCCCGAUUCAAUGGCGAAAUCAUUAAUGGCGAUGCGAUGCAGAUGUAUCGCGGUCUACCAAUUAUAACGAAUCAAAUCCCAAUCGAGGAACGAAACGGCAUUCCCCACCACCUGCUCAGCUGCAUCGAUCUCGACACGGAAGCAUGGCGCAUAGGAAACUUCAAGCAAGAAGCACUACGGCUCAUCGACGAUAUACGGUCACGUGGCAAGCUACCAAUUCUUGUCGGUGGCACACACUAUUAUACCCAAGCGGUGCUGUUUAAAGACCAACUCGUGGGCGAGGGAGCAGACGAAGGAGACCCUGAAGCAGGACAAGAGCUCGAGUCGACCUCGCAGAAAUGGCCGAUUCUGGAUGCGGAACCGGAAGUCAUGCUGGAAAAAUUGCGCGAGGUCGAUCCAGUCAUGGCUGCUCGAUGGCACCCUAGAGAUGGGCGGAAGAUUCGCCGGUCAUUGGAGAUCUACCUGAAGACGGGGCGGCCAGCCUCGGAAAUCUAUAAAGAGCAGAUGUCACAAAAAGAAGAGGCCGUGCAGAAGGAUGAGGGUCUACUGCGGUUUAACACAUUGGUCUUUUGGGUCCAUGCCGAGAAGAAGAUCCUGAAUGCGCGUCUUGAUGCGCGUGUUGAUGAUAUGGUCGAGCAGGGGUUGAUGUCUGAGGCGCAAAAAAUGUCGGAUUAUAUCUACGAGAAACGAUCCCAAGGAUUUGAAGUCGAUCAGACCCGGGGAGUUUGGGUUUCUAUUGGAUUCAAAGAAUUAGCGCCUUACUUCGAGGCUGUUCGCAAUGGAAUUCUCAGCGAAACAGAGAUUGAAGAUCUAAGACGGACAUCUCUUGAAUCAAUUCGAACAGCCACGCGACAAUACGGAACCUCUCAAGUCAAAUGGAUCCGCAAUAAGUUAUGGCGCGCGCUUUCGGAAUCUGGAAAGACAAAUUGUUUGUAUCUUCUGGACAGCUCCAAUGUGAACGAGUGGAAGAAUUGCAUCACCGAACCAUCCGAGAACCUUGUUCAAAAGCUACUCCAAAACGAGCCCACGCCAGACCCCAAAUCUUUGUCUGAGCUGGCGAAGGUUGAGCUCAGCGCGAAAGAAGCACUGGGACCAGUUAAAGCCCAAAAAGAAAUUUCGAAAUGCUACACCUGUGAGAACUGCAAAAAGACCAUGUCUGGCGAGGACCAGUGGAACAUUCAUAUCAAUGGAAGCCCUCACCGGAGGGUGCUCCGGGCUGCGAAGAAGAAAGCACAGCGCGAUGCCUAUUUUCGACAGAGGGAAAUGGAAGCGAAGCCGAAGCAGAUUCUCAGCCCUGAAUUAUGA